UUGACGCUAUGAACAUUGUCAUCAAAAGUGAAUGAUCCUGAUUGGCUUUUAAAAACUGUUUACGUUAAACUGGUAGUUUGAAAAGUUAUUCAGACAGCGAGUGUCAUUCGCUUGCAAAGUGUUUUUAUUUAAUUCAUUAAAUUUUUGUUAUGAUGGUGCGAUAUGCAGCUCUUAAGGGAUUAUAUGAGUUGGAAAAGACAAUUGGAAGCGGAGGUUUCGCAAAAGUUAAACUUGGUAUACAUGUUGCGACUGGAGAAAAAGUUGCUAUUAAAAUUAUGGAUAAAACAGCUUUGGGCGAUGAUUUACCAAGGGUAAAAUUAGAAGUAGAAGCGCUCAAAACUUUGCUACAUCAACACAUAUGUAAAUUGUAUCAAGUUAUAGAAACAGACACAUAUUAUUUUAUGGUAAUAGAAUAUUGUUCAGGAGGAGAAUUGUUUGAUCACAUAGUCGAAAGAAACAGAUUGACCGAGUCAGAAUCUCGCAAAUUUUUUCGUCAAAUUGUUUCCGCAGUAGCAUAUUUGCAUAGCCUUGGAUAUGCUCAUCGUGAUCUUAAACCUGAAAAUGUUUUAUUAGAUAAAGAUGAAAACUUGAAACUCAUUGAUUUUGGUUUAUGCGCGAAACCAAAAAGUGGAAUGCAAUCGCAUUUGUAUACUUCUUGUGGUUCUCCAACUUAUGCAGCACCGGAAUUGAUAUUAGGCAAAAAAUAUUUAGGUUCAGAAGUAGACAUCUGGAGCAUGGGAGUCAUUCUUUAUGCUUUACUCUGUGGUUUCCUUCCAUUUGAUGACAAUAGUAUAGAGAAUUUAUACAAAAAAAUUUUGAGUGGGAAGUAUGACGAGCCAGGCUGGUUAUCUAGUAGUAGCAAAAGAUUAAUUCGUGCAAUGUUACAAAGAGAUCCAAAAAAGAGGAUAACGAUUCAAGAAUUGUGCAAUCACCCAUGGAUAACAUCAGGUUUCCUUAAUCCAAUAUCAUUUGUUCAUAAAACUAAUUUUGAGAAAGAUGACGAUGUAUUAAGUACUAUGUCUGCAAUUUGUGGAGAACACAGUUCGGAUAUAUGGAAUAUAUUAGCUAAAAGUGACAGAACUGAUUAUAGAACAGCCACAUAUUUAUUACUACUUGAUAGAAAAUUGCGUGGCCUUUCUUUAAAAAUUUCAUCCUCUGCAAAGUCUUAUUUCAGGCAGGGCUUGACAGGAGUCGAUUUGCCGCAGCAUGAAGGUGGAAUUCAUAAUUUUAUCACAAAUUUGGAACACUCUCCUAGAAGUAAAAUAAUUAGAAGAUCACCUGUCACCAAUGACUGCUCAACUAAUAAAUACAAAACUCCUGUUGCUGAUAAAACUGUAAAACAAUUCACAGAACCGCAGACUGCUUGUAGAAAAAGAUUAAGAAGUAAAGAAUCAGAUGAGUGUUCUUCCCCUGUGCCAAUAAAGAAGUGUACUGAAAAAAAUAAACUUGUAUCAACACCUACUAAUAACGUACCAUCAGAAUCUAGAGAUGCACAAUCCUCGACGCCGGGAAGUGCAAGAAAAGUUAUAAUGGGUUUGGAGAGAGGGUUGCAUCGUGUUAGGUGCGUUCUUACUCCAAAACGGCGAAUUAAAAAUGAAAAUAUAGAUCCUGAUCAGCCGACUGUACUUUCUGGUAAAGGUUUGUGCAAUGUAUCAUCGACAUCCAGUGAUUGUCCAAAAUACGUCUUAUCACAAUUACGACGAGCUUUACGACGUAAAGGAAUUAUGUGUCAUCAAAAAGGUUUCAUUUUGCAAGGUGAAACGGAUGACUGUACGGAAGACGUAAAUAAUACGAAACCAUUUUUAUCUAGAAAUGCAUGUUCAUUCGAACUAGAAGUAUGUUUAUUGGAAGGUAUUUCCGAAGAUAAACUAUUAGUUGGUAUACGAAGAAAAAGAUUAAAGGGUGAUGCGUGGGUUUAUAAACGAGUAUGCGAAGAGGUUCUAGCUUUGGCAGCAGAAGAUAUAUCUAGUGGACAAAAAGAUGGUUCUUCGGAAUCAAAGUGUCCUAUCUAGAAAAUUAUAGUAUUUUCAAAUGGAUACAGAUCAUUUUUACGAUCUUAACUACUACACGCUCCAAGAUUUGAAAUAUUUUGAUCUCAGUCAGUGUGUAUCGCGAUCGCAUAUAUAUAUAUAUAUACGUUUGAUAUUUUAUAAAAAGAGAAAAAAAAAGAAAGAAAAAAAAAAAGAAAAACAAUAUGUACAUAAAUUAAAAUAUAUAAUACCGAUCGAGUAAACAUAAUAUUAAUUUUUUUAUAUCGCUUAUUAUGUCGCUCGAGUUCGCGGAGUUUCUCAUUAAAACUAUAAAUAUAUUAUUAAUCCUUAAAACAACAAAAUGAUCUUUAUAUGUGAAUGAUAGAUUCGUCUAAAAAAAAAAAAAAAAAAAAAAAAAAAAAACGAAACAAAAAAAGAUAAAAAAGGAAAAAAGAAAUAAGAAAAAUACAAAAAUGUAACGAUGGAAGUAACUUUCAUAAAGCGUAAUUUUCUAUGAAACAAGUGUUCUUGUUAUUGACGUUAUAUUUUAUAUAAGGAUUAUUAUAGAGCUUAAGGGAUAAUUAAUAAUAAAAUGCAACGUAUAUAGUAUAAAAUUCAUAAUAAAUAAAUAAAUAAAUAAAUAAAUAGAUAGAUAAAUAUAUAUUUUUAACAUUCCAACAUUACUCUACGAUUCCAUCCUAUUUUAUAUCUUUUAUAUUUUCCAUACCUUCAAAAACAGGAAUGCAUUUGAUACGUUUCACUGGUAUGAACCCUUUGUACCAACGACGCGUAUAAAAGGGCACAAAGAAUCUUUGAAUUUCGCCGACCCUUAUCGCGAAAUAUGUAAAGGCUCGUUUUGAUGUUCAUAGGAAAAGGAUCUAAAGUAUCGCGGUUCGUUUGAACCUUAGCAUCAGUGCGGGAAUGUAAGUAUAGACAGGUGAAGUUAUAAAAUCACAGCACAACAAAUCGAUCAGCAUAAAACGAAACCGUUUUGUUUUAUGGGAAAGGAAAGACGAUCCUUUUAUCUUCGACCGCUCGUCGAAACUUCAUUCGGUUCAACUAUCGUAUUUUCAAAGUGUAUAUACCUAUAUAUUUGCUUGUUCGUUCUAUGUUAGUCCUGAUCGAUCGAUCUCUUUCUUUGGAUCGUUGUAAAACGACGAAACGAAGCUUGAAAAUGACUCUUACGUUGGUCGGUGAAUAUAUCAAAGAAGGGUUUACAAAGGGUUCGCCGAUAAAAUUUUGUAUUUCUCUUUUAACGUAAAAUAUUUUUCUUUCUUUUUUUUUUUUUUUUCUAAUCAGGAUAUCGGUAUAUACAGUAUUUUUCAAAUAUUUUAUUCUUUAUUUGCAUAU